UUGCAUCCGUCAUUAAUGUCAUUUGUUGAUUUGUGUUUUGAUUACGCUAGGGGGUGGGGAGUUCGAACUUGUAAAUUAAUGAGAAUUAUUAGGUAAAAACAAUAUACAAAUGUUUUAUGAAUUAACUACCUGUCAGAAUAGUUAUAAUAUAAAGGAACUAAAAGAGUUAUUGUCGUAGAAAACCAUUUGAGAAAUAUAUAACCAGUGAAACAAACAUGGCUAGUCAAAUACAAAAGGUGUUAAAACAAGCACUUCUAACGUUCACAAAUAGUACACCUGUUCACUUUAUAGCAAAUCUUGAUAGCUUGGCAUCAAUAUUAGAUAAAACAACAGCAGAAGACGUAAAUUUUGAUAUAACUGCAGCCACUAAAUCUGAAGAGGAAGCUCCUGUUACCUACAUUGACGUCUACGAGGAUUCAUCUUUAACAAUGGGCAUUUUUGUUCUACAAAAAGAUAAAAAGCUCCCUCUACACAAUCACCCGGAGAUGUACGGGCUUAUAAAAGUUUUAGCUGGGAAAAUAAGGGUGAUAAGUUACUCUAUAAAUACACCAACCACUGUAGAAGUUGAUACCAGAAGUUACAAAGACAAUCAAACAGGUUCUGGCUCAAAUAUUAUGUUAAGUCCGGAUAAAGGUAAAAGGAAACGUUUUGUAACAGCAGAAUUGGUUAGUAAUGAUAUUGUUGGAGUGGACAGUAAACCUUGUAUAUUAGAUCCAAACAAAAGAAACAUUCAUGAAAUCUACAGCGUGGAUGGUCCAGCUGCUUUUAUAGACAUCUUGGCGCCUCCGUACAACACUCUUAUACCUGGCGUGGGCCCCAGGUAUUGUUCCUAUUACAGUAUUGUUACCAGCAUCUUGCCAAACAUUUUUCGACUACAAGAGACAAGAAACCCUCCUUGGUAUUGGACUGAUACUGCGCCAUAUUUGGGACCUGAUCCAACAGCUAAUAUUAACAUAGAGAGUGAAUCUAUGUGAUAUGCUAUGUUGUUGAUUGUUUUGUUAUUUCAGUGUGAUAUGCUGUAUAAUAAUAAGUUAUAAUAUUGCACUUUUUCUUACACAUUGAAUGACACAUGUUAUUUUAUAUGAAAAUUUAAUAAAAAUUUUAUCCUUUA